AUGUCGCGCGCCUCGCCUCCUUCGCUACCUCGACCUCAUCAGCAACGCCUUCUCCGCCCCGCUCCCGCCGCCUUCCCGCCCACGCCCGGUUCCCCGUCCCGUCCGCAACAGUUCUCAUCCCCCGUGCCGGAGGGGCUGGCGGCCAAGAGCCCGCUCUGCUCCACCUCAACGUGUCCGGCAACCAGCUCUCUCGGCUCGCCUGACUUCGCCAAGGCGUGCUCUCGGCGCUUCGGCGCUGCGCCGCCGACCAUCAUCACACAACCAAUUCUCGGGCCCGUCACCGGCGGGCAUUGCGAGCUCCACAACCUCAAGACCCUCAAAUUUAGCGGCAACCGGUUCUUCGGGCGCUGUCCCGGGGACAUCGGCUGUGCCCGCACUCAAACCAUUGAUCUUCGGCACCGUCCCGACGUCCCCGCUUGGCUCGGCAAAGUCGGCGCGGUGCAACAUCGGACUUAUCCGACAAUGCGCUCACCGGAAGCUUGCCGGACUCGCCGGCGACCUCAAGGCACUCAACUGGUGGACGGGCGGCGCGCCGUGGAGUACGAGGACGACGACGUGGUGAUGCUCAUGGACCAAGUGCGCGUCCUGCUGGAGCACGGCAACGCGCUGGAGUGCGUGGACCCAGGCAUGGGCGGUCAAGUCCCGGAGGAGGAGGUGCUGCCGGUGCUCAAGCUGGGCAUGGUGUGCACGUCGCAGAUCCCGUCCAACCAGCCCUCCAUGGCGGAGGUGGUCCAGAUCCUGCAGGUCAUCAAGGCGCCCGUGGGCGGCGGCAGAAUGAAAGCCUCCUUCUGA